GCCCUGCUCUUGAGGCCCCCUGUGAAAUGUGGAUGACGCCCAAGAGGAGCAAAAUGGAAGUCGACGAGUCUCGCGUUUUCCGGUCUGAGUGGACCCAGCGUUACUUGGUGGUGGAGUCUCCGGAGGGCGAAGGGGCCCUGUGCCUGGUCUGUCGCCGCCUCGUCGUGGCCACCCGGGAACGCGACGUCAGGCGCCACUACGAGGCCGAGCACGACUACUACGAGCGGUAUGUGGCGGAGGGCGAGCGCGCGGCUUUGGUGGAGCGUCUGCGGCAGGGCGACUCGCCCGUGGUCGCCCCGCUCACUCCCGAGGAGAGAGCUGCGCGUGCAGGCCUCGGGCUCGCCCGCCUCUUGGCCCUGAAGGGUCGCGGCUGGGGCGAGGGGGACUUUGUGUACCAGUGCAUGGAGGUGAUGCUGAGAGAUGUGCUGCCCGAGCACGCCAGCGUUCUGGAUGGCAUUGAUUUAUCUCCAGAGCUCACACGGCAGAGGGUCCUGAACAUUAACCAGAAUCUACGCAGUCAGCUUUUUAACCGAGCCAAGGACUUUAAAGCCUAUUCCCUUGCUUUGGACGACCAGGCUUUUGUGGCGUAUGAGAACUACCUCCUGGUCUUUGUCCGCGGCGUGGGCCAGGACUUGGAGGUGCAAGAAGAGCUUCUGACCAUAAUCAACCUGACUCAUCACUUCAGUGUCGGGGCCCUCAUGGCGGCAAUCCUCGAGGCCCUGCAGACAGCAGGGCUUAGCUUGCAGCGAAUGGUUGGACUAACCACGACCCACACUCUGAGGAUGAUUGGUGAGAACUCAGGACUGGUGUCGUAUAUGAGAGAAAAGGCUGUAAGCCCCAACUGUUGGAAUGUUAUCCAUUAUUCGGGAUUUCUUCACUUGGAACUGUUGAGCUCCUACGAUGUAGAUGUUAAUCAGAUCAUAAAUACCAUAUCUGAAUGGAUCGUUUUGAUUAAGACCAGAGGCGUCAGGCGACCCGAAUUUCAGGCUUUACUAACUGAAUCUGAAUCAGAGCAUGGUGAAAGGGUUAAUGGACGAUGUCUGAAUAAUUGGCUCAGAAGAGGGAAAACUUUAAAACUAAUAUUUUCACUAAGAAAAGAGAUAGAAACAUUCUUGGUUUCAGUAGGGGCAACGACUAUGCAUUUCACAGACAAGGAAUGGCUUUGUGACUUUGGCUUCUUGGUGGAUAUUAUGGACCACCUUCGAGAACUCAGUGAACUCUUGAGAGUUAGUAAAGUGUUUGCUGCUGCUGCCUUUGACCAUAUUUGUACCUUUGAAGGUAAACUGAGUUUACUUCACAGACAUAUUGAGGAAGAAAAUCUGACACACUUUGCUGCCUUCAGAGAAGUUGUUGAUGAGCUCAAACAGCGUCAUAAAGAAGAUCAAAAAAUAUUUGAUCCUGAUAGAUAUCAAGUGGUUAUCUGUCGCCUACAAAAAGAAUUUGAGAGACAUUUCAAGGACCUCAGGUUCAUUAAAAAGGACUUAGAACUGUUUGCAAAUCCAUUUAACUUUAAACCUGAGUAUGCACCUAUCUCAGUAAGGGUGGAGCUAACAAAACUUCAGGCAAAUACAAACCUUUGGAAUGAGUACAGAAUCAAAGACUUAGGGCAGUUCUAUGCUGGAUUGUCUGCUGAAUCUUACCCCAUUAUCAAAGGGGUUGCCUGUAAGGUGGCAUCCUUAUUUGAUAGUAGCGAAAUCUGCGAAAAGGCUUUUUCAUAUUUGACUCGAAAUCAGCACACUUUGAGCCAGCCAUUGACAGAUGAGCAUCUCCAUGCCCUGUUUAGGAUUGCCACAACUGAAAUAGAGCCGCAUUGGGAUGAUCUCGUGAGAGGAAGAAAUGAAUCUAAUCCAUAAGCCUUUGUAGUACAACGUUGAAACACUCAACCAGAAUCCAAUUCUAAAAACAAAAAUUUGUUUGAUUUUUCAGGUUUACUGAUUUGGAUUGUGGGAAAGCACCAAGU